AUGACCACGAAGCGAAGCAAGCAGGGGACCGCGGCGGAGCGAGCACCGAAGAGACCUCGAAAUACUGCCGCUGCUCAAGCUUCGCCUCAUCGUAUCGUUACUCGCAGCGUCACCCGCAUGCGGGAGGCCGCAACAAGUACCGGGCCUCGACGUUCCACUCGCUUGGCGAGGAAAGGGAAUGCGACGGCUAACCCAUCGACAAGUCAAGCGAGUGGCUCAGGACCAGCAAGGAAGCAGACGACGACCACUGGCAAGCAAUCCAAGUCUGGGAGGUAG